GUGCCAUGGCAGGCAUGGGCACCACUGGUGCAGCAAUGGGAGGAGGUUAUGGUGGCUGUGAUAGUUCUGGCGCUGGAAUAAAAGGAGAUUAUGGUGGCUAUGAUAGUUCUGGCGCUGGAAUGGGAGGAGGUUGUGGCAGUUAUGGCGGUUAUGGCGGUUAUGGUGGCAAGGAUUAUGGAUCCUUCAAGGGGGGCGGCAAGGGCAAGGGGCCGGGGCUACCGCAAGACGUGAAAAAGUACAAGACGAUUAUGUGCCGCUUCUUCGAGACCACUGGGAACUGCCAGAGAGGUGAUUCGUGCAGUUAUGCGCAUGGCGCGCACGAGUUAAACAGUCCAGGCACAGGCACUGCCGCGGUGGCCGCCAUGGCCGCCAUAGGCAAAGGCACCUUCACGCCGGGAGCCACGUUCGUUCCUCCGUCGAAGGGCGGUGCGAAAGGUGCCGCUGCCAAUCCGGAAAAGGGAGCUGGAAUGACGCCCAAGGCCGCGGCCACGGUCACAACCACGAGCGCGAUGAACGG